CGCAAAAUGCAGUUACUGGCAGCAGCCUCCUAGAGAGGAGCCAGGAAGCAUGUCUCUUCUGAGUUCAGGGAACAGCCCUAUGGUGGUUUGAAAGAAAAUGGCAUCCAAAGGGAGUGGCGCUAUUAGGAGAGCUGAACAAAGCUGGACAGGAUAGGAGAUCUGAAGAGUGCUUUGACAUCAGACUUGGAGCUGCAGAGCUUGGAGUACCCUUCUUGGAGCUGUUUUAUACCAGCAUAGCCAGGUCCAGAAAUGUCCUUGGUGUGUGUGGCAGACUUUAAGGCACAUGCACAAGAGCUGCUAUCUAAGUCAUCGUGGGACAUUAUUGAAGGAGAAGCUGAUGAGGGCAUCACAUACAAGGAAAACAUCGCAGCAUUUAAAAGAAUCCGACUCCGCCCCAGAUACCUGAGAGAUGUGUCAGAGGUGGACACCAGAACCACAAUCCAAGGGCAGGAGAUCUCAGCCCCCAUUUGCAUCGCACCCACGGCUUUUCACUCUAUUGCCUGGCCAGAUGGAGAAAGGAGCACAGCCAGAGCUGCUCAGGAAGCCGAUGUCUGCUACAUUACCAGCAUUUAUGCCAGCUGUACCCUGGAAGACAUUGUUGCUGCUGCCCCCAGAGGCUUGCGAUGGUUCCAACUCUGUGUGCAAUCAGAUUGGGAGCUCAACAGGAAGCUGAUUCAGAGAGUAGAAGCCUUGGGUUUCAAAGCUUUGGUGAUCACUGUAGAUGCACCAAUAGUUGGCAAAAGGAGACGCAUUUUAAGAAACCAACUGAAUUUAGAGGCAAUGCUGAAGGACCUCCGUCCACCUGAAGAGAGAAAUUCCACACAUUUGCCAAGUACAACUUUCUGCUGGAACGAUCUCUCCUUGCUUCAGAGUAUGACUCAGUUGCCCAUUAUCCUCAAAGGGAUUUUGACGAAAGAGGAUGCAGAAUUAGCAGUGAAACACAAUGUCCAAGGCAUCCUUGUUUCCAACCAUGGUGGUAGGCAGCUUGAUGAGGUUCCUGCUUCAAUUGAUGCUCUGACCGAAGUGGUGGCCGCUGUCAAAGGGAAAGUUGAAGUCUACAUGGAUGGUGGGGUUCGAACUGGCAAUGAUGUGCUGAAGGCCCUGGCCCUUGGGGCUAAGUGUGUUUUCCUUGGGAGACCGGUCCUCUGGGGCCUUGCCUACAAGGGUGAACACGGUGUUAAGGAAGUUUUAGAUAUUUUAAAAACAGAGCUCCACACGUCUAUGGCCCUUUCAGGCUGCCGAUCAGUUGCUGAGAUCAGUCCAGACCUGAUUCAGUUCCCCAGAUUAUAAAGAUCUACUGAGAUUGCCUGCAAGGGGAAGAUAUGUCUUCAACACGGUGUGUGAUGCUAUUGUUCUUGUGCCCUAUCCUAUCAAAUAGUUUGAGUCCUGCACCCUCAAAAACAGAGAGAAAUGGAGAAAAGACAACUAACAGCUCCCACCAUGGUAUGUUUUUUGAAGGAAUAACAUCUAAUGUUCUACAGAAUAAUUGUAGUUGAUACAAUUAAUUGACUAUGUCAAAUAGCCAUGUUCCAGCAAGAAAGGAAAUAGUUAUGUCUCAUGUGACAUACCAGUUAGCUUCAUUGGAUUAUUAUGUGCAUUGUAAAUUAUUGAAAUGCUUUACUAUACCAUAAAUGUGUGCAAAUACUAUGUAUAAAUUGAAAUAACAAUAUAUGUUCAAAAAGAAAUUGGACAGGCUCUCCUUGAUGCAGUUUUGCUCAUUCCAUCCUGUAAGUCAUUUUGGGAAUUUUUAAAUUUUAAUCCAUAUAGUCAAAGUCUGAAACAUAAAACAGCAGAGAUCA